CUCCGGACCAGGAAAAUGUAUGUAGCUGUUACGCUUUUCGUCCUCAUGUGCUUGACCGCCACCACCCGUGCGGAUCACCAUCAUCAUCCUUGUCAUGCUCCCAACAUGACAGGACAUUUGAGCGUGGUGAGUCUCAGUGGUGAGACACGAGCAUAUGGGACGUUCACUUACGAAUCAACGGCCAAGAAACUCCGGUUCAGAUCAAACGAGAGCCACCCCACCAACACUUCCAUAGGCCUGGAUGUGCUGAUGUUUUUUGAAGAGGGGGUUUUCUAUGAGAUUGACAGCAAAAAUCAGAGCUGUGAGAAAAAAGCCCUGCAGUGCAGCAUGCAUCCGAUGGAUAUUCCCGAUGACGCCAAGUUUUAUGGAGCACUAAACGUUGGAAAUCCUUCAAUCGAAGGGGAGGGAUUAAAAGUCAGUGUAUGGAUAGGAGGAUUACUAGGCAAAACAGGCUCCUACUCCACCUCUGUAACCGUGGGAUGUGUGCCGCUCAGCACCAUGUACUUCAUUGACUCCUCAACGCUUCUUUUCACCGCCCUGGACAUUGACAAUGAGAUCAAGGAUCCUGAUCUCCUCUUGGUGCCUUCCAUUUGCCAAGGACUGCCACUGGAGGAGACACCUGAAGGGACAGUACACAGCUUCUACCACGAGUUCAUUUAGAGACGGCUUCGGAAGUCAGCAGAAUUAAAAACCUAUCCGAGCACGACCCACCACAGCGAUAGACCUUCUCUCAGCUUUUUCCUUGUGACGCUGCGCUGCAUCACAUCUGUAUCCAUCUCAUUUCCUACUCAACUAUGAAGACAUGGCUUUGAAUGGAUCGCACUGUAUACAAACAUUCCGGUGUAAAAGAUGAAGGUUCAACAUGGAUUAUAGAAUUUAGUCAUAAUCACGAGCAGUUGGCGGCUUUUCAAGUUGGUACUGCUUACAAAACCUGUAAAAUAUGAUUAAUGGAACAAUAAAAUGUCAAUGCUGA